AUGGCGAGCUCGACAGCGGAACUCCCGGCAGCCGUGUCCGCCCCUCCAUUGCUACUCGCACCAUUGCCGCUGGCGUUUACGCUCGACUUGUCAUGCCCGUUACCACUGCCGACAAGGGCAGGUGCCCCGGCAAUCACUACUCUGUGGCCGUUCCCAGUCGCUGGUCCCAGCAGUGUCCCUGCUGAAGAUAUUGACGCGUAUGUCAGUCGACGAUACUACGAGACGCUGUAUCUGGGAGAGCUCCUCUUCCCCAUCGCCGGCCUUGUGAACGACCUGGAGCGCACCGCCGCGUCUCACAAUGAGUCUCUGGAUCCCAUCAUCGCCAAGCACAUCCUAGGUCUGUCGGCCAUCGAGACUCGUCAUCGCCGUACGCUUGCCCCCGUCGUCGCCGCUGCCAUUGCUGCCGUGGACGGCAUGGGCAGCGGUGUUGAUGAGCCGGCCAUGACCGCCGGCCUGAGUGACUCUGAGCGUGAUGUGCUUUUCACGGCUAUGGAGCUGAGAGUGAAAUGCCGCUCGGUGGCAGAAGGAGAGCGCGGGUUGCCCGUCAAGGGUGUGACUGAAGAGUUUGAGAGGAGAGAGCUGCUUGUCCAGCUCGUCAUGUUGUUAUUCUAUCGCAGCCGGUACCAAGCCACUGCCGUGCCCAAGAAGAAGAAGCGCAAGCGCCGCGACACCCAACCCCCCACCCCUCUUGAAGACCCCGACGCCGCACUUGAGCUCCUUGCCGACCGUAUUGGCUUGUGGCUCGCCGUGGCAGAGCUCGGUAUCGGCCUGGACGCAGACGACAUCAACGGCAGGGAAAAGGAAGACGAGCGCAGCGUGUCAUUCCGUCUCAAACGGUUCUGGGAGCUGGUCCUCGUCCCCAUCUUCCUGCCUCGUGAAGCCACGUUUCUCGCGUCGUUCCACCUCAAAGUGUUUGGCAGGCCCAUGCCCGAGGAGCUGGUACCGCAGAAGAAACCACGUAAACCAAAGGUCACAAAGCGACUGUCUGUCGACGACGGCGCUGCGCUGCGUGACCCUCCAGCAGCAAAGAUGCAGCGGUCCACAUCACGCACGUCGCGCAUGUCGGCCAACUCGCCUCCGCCAAACGGAACCCAAGCACGUAUCCUCCAGCGCUCUGUCUCGCGCGCCGCCAGUGAACACGGCGACAGGCUGCGCCGAUCGCGUUCGAGCUCAAUGGAUCCCGUGAGCCUGAUGCGCGAUCCUGGUCGCCCAGUAAGCAAACAAACCAUCAUCCGCGCACCCAGUGGUAGGGAUAUAUUCAAGGGCCGCGAAGUGGGGUUGAUCCGCCGCACCAACAGCGUGCUGCGCCAAAACAGCCUCAGCCUCAAGGACAAGGGCACCAAGGACAAGGGCACCAGCGAUGGAUCGCAACAGAGGUCUGGCGCGCUCUCACGUACCGUUUCAUCGUCUGGCGCGCUAUCGCGCACGACGUCAUCAGGCCUCCUUGGCCGCCGCAACACGGAACAAGCACUCCGGCGCAAGGAGCAAGAAUCGCAAUCGCAGCUCCAAGCCCAGGCCGACGCCGAGACGCUCAUCUUUGAGACGCCUGCAAAGCCCAAGUUUAACUUUCGUGCGCCGUACGGCCACCCCACGCCCAUCCACGAGGAGCCGUCGUCGGCGGAGCGUGGCGGUAGCGCAAGUGUGCUGUCGUUCGUGGCGGAGACGCCCAUGCGUCGUUCUGCCGGGGUGGCCGAGACGCCUGUGACGGCGCGCAUGGCCAUUGUCCGCGGCACGCCGUUGGCCAGGCGAGACAGCGACGACGACGAUUUAGGAGGGUUGAUGGUCAUGACGGAUGAGGAGGACGGCGGCGACGACGACAAGGCCGAUGGAGCCAGGUGUAGGGGAGUGCCAGAGACACCUGUUAGAUAA